AUGGUGCUCCUGGGGGAGCCCGGGACCACCAGGUCGUCUAAGGAGGGGUGCACCGGCCCAGGUCGGAAACGGAGCAGGUCAAAGCCCCCGUGCCGCUCAGUAGUGGGUUCGCGCCUUCGUUUCUUGGCUUUGGCACGUACGCGCUCCACUGUGCGUAACCUCUCUGCCAGUAUGUCAAAGAUCCCGACUCUGAGUGAGGAGGAGAGGGCGCACCUCCUGCCGCUGCUCCGGAGCGCUCAGUGGGUGGAGACCGUGGGACGCGACGCCAUCUACAAAGAGUUCAUCUUCAAAGACUUCAACCAGGCUUUUGGAUUCAUGUCGCGAGUGGCUCUACAGGCAGAAAAGAUCGACCAUCAUCCUGAGUGGUUCAACGUCUAUAACAAGGUUCAGAUCACACUUAGCACCCAUGAGUGCGGAGGCCUGUCCCAAAGAGACAUCACUUUAGCAACUUUCAUCGACCAGGCUUCUCUGAUGUGA